AUGAUCACAUUAAAAGAUAUUUUAAGAAACAUUUCAAUAAUAGUAAAUUCUUCAAAUGCAAAUGUCCAACCUAUCAUAGAUUCGAUUGAAAAGUUCAUUACAGCACAAGAAUCCACCGCAGAACAGCAUAAAGCUGAUAAAAUUGAAAAGAUUUCGUCCGAAUUACAUCAAUUGUAUAAUGCGAUAGAAGAUUUUCCUAAUAAAUUUUGUAGUUUUCUAAAAUGUUUAAGAGCAUUAUUACCUAUAUUAGGACCCGAUAUUAUUAUAUCUGAUUGGUGGGAUAAUGUAUUAGUUAAUGUAUUACAAUCACCUUUACAACCAAAAGAUAUUGUUGAACAAGUAAAGGGACUAGUUCAAGAUGUUUUAGUAUGUGAAACUGAUAAAGUUUUGGAAUUUAGAAAGGAAAUACUCGUUUUAUAUUUAAAAGAAUCAUGUUCGGUGGGAAAGGCCGCUGGAGGAGAAGAAGGUAUUGUUGGGGAACAAGUUCAUGCAUUUUGGUGUCGUAAUUUAGACAGUGUAUUAAGGGGAUUUGGUGCUGUUAAAACCAAGGAAUUUUUUAUUUUAUUAAAUUCAUAUUUUAUUCAAAGACUUUAUAGGCUGCAAGUUUUAACCUUAUUUGGAGAAUUUAUUAGAAAACAGAAUUCACAUAUCCAUCAAAUCUUAGAAACUCCAUUACUCAAUUCUUUGUUAACUUCACUUCAGCAAGACACGUCUACAACUUUACUUUCACUUUCACUUACAUCAUUAAUUAUGCUACUACCUCAUAUAUGUACAUCCGUUAUUACUUACCUCCCAAGGUUAUAUAUUGUCUUUGUUAGGAUUAUAUGUUGGGAUAAACAUAAUGCGAGACUUAUUGAUUUCGAAGAUGAAAUUAUAGGGAAUGAUUAUGAUGAACAAACUUCAGAAGCAGUAAAUGCCGUAAAUUGGGAGCAAUGUGAUUCUUCUUUUGAUAAUGUGUCAUCCAGUCCACCAAAUUGCAUGCAUCUAUUUACGUUUUUGUAUGGUAUGUUUCCGUGCAAUACCGUAAAAUUUUUGAGGAGCCCAACUGCGUGGAUCAAAGAAAUGGAACAGGUUACUGCAGUAGAUGAUAUCGAUGAUGAGAUUAUAAGAGCAAGAAGCUUGCCAUUAUUGCGACGGCAUAAACUUCAUCCAAGUCUUAUAACGAGCGAUGCCGAGAAGGAGCUUUCUGAUACGUCAAGAUGGAUGAAACUUGAACCAGCUGAUAUUGUUGCCGAAUAUGUUAGUUAUGAUAUGGAAAAUGCUACUAAAAAGUAUGAUUCAAAUGAGUUGGAAGGUUUCACUAAAGUGUUGAAGGAAGCCGAUACGACAAUGUCUGAGAUGAGAAAUAAAAAGGCGAGACCUCUCUCACAGGCGAUUUCUAUGAAGGAAAUUAUGGAAGUCCAUAAGGCUCUUAAAAGUGGUGCUGAUAUUGUUGUAGGAGAUGAUCCUUGGGCAUCCAAGAUCAUCUCAUAUUCGAAUUCCCUCUCUAGUAGUCAUCCUAUUUCACCACCUGAAAAUAACGCGCCACCAUUGAAACCGACAACAAAUAUACAAGCAAGUGUGGCAUUUUUGCAACGUGAAAUAAUGCUUCUAAGGAAUGAAUUGAAUUUUGAAUUCUAUCUCAAACAACAACACCUUCAACAUAUUGGUCGAUUACACCGUGAUCAUGUGUUAGAUAGUACAGUUGAAGCCGAAAGACAAAAUUUAUAUAAUACCUGUAGAACAUUAAGAUCACAAUUAUCAAAUACUCAAGCUGCGUUUGAUAGGCAAAGAACCGAAACUGCUCAUAUUAAAAAAAGGCAUGUUCAAUGGGAGGAUGAAUUAAAUGGAAAAUUGAAAAAAUAUAGAGAAGAGAAAAAGGAGUGGAAAGGUGUUUUGGAUAAAGUUGAGCAGGAGCUGAGAGAAGCCAAGCUUAUAAUAGACGUGCAAAAUAAGCAGAUCAAAGAAAUAAGUGCAAAGGAAGCUGAUACACGAAAAUUCCAAGAGCAAAAAAGAUUAAUGGAAUCUUUGGUAGGAAAAUGGCAUAAAAUGGAAGUGAUAUUGAAAGCUGGUGAACAUGAGAUCAAACAGUUAAAAUCCGUUGUUAGUUCACAAUCUUUUACUAUUGACGACUUGCAAAUUAAAUUGGAGAAUCAUAAAAACAUUUCAGGAGGACCCGGAAAUGCAAUGGAAAAACAGAUGAUGAUAUGGUCAUUUGAAAGAGAUAAGAGAGAUAAAGAAUUUAUAAAAUUAGAAACUCGAUUUGAUCAAGUCAAAAAGCAGAAUGGAGAAUUACAGUCACGCGUCAUUGAUUUAUUGGCUCAAGUUGAAUCACUUUCACCUACAACGGUAGUGAAGAAGGAAGUAAUUACUGAGGAGGUUGAUCAUAAUAUCAUUAAAAAGAAUGAUGAUGAUGAAAAAGAAAUUACAAAAGAGAUUGAAGAAAUUAUCAUUAAAAAGAAUGAUGAUGAGGAUGAAAAAGAAAUUACAAAAGAGAUUGAAGAAAUUAUCAUUAAAAUGAAUGAUAGUGAUGAUAAAGAAAUUACAAAAGAGAUUGAACAAAGUAUCAUUAAAAAGAAUAAUGAUGAUGUUAAAGAAAUUACAAAAGAGAUUGUCAAGAAUGCCAAUGAAAAGGCUGCGACUGAGAAUGAUAUUUCAUAA